AAAAGGAUUUCAUUUGAGCCAAUCAGAUCAAAGGAAGUCAGUCAAGUGUCAAUCAAAAACCAUGUUGCUGCUCGGCGUGAUAUUAGAAUGCGCUUCAGUCAGGGAGUUUAGUAUCAAACUGUUGAUAUCGCUGCUCGGUGAGUUUUGGUUGGCGACCAGGGGUGACAGAGUAUUUAGUAACGCUUGACUGAGCCUUGCAGCGCCUGAGUGAUUUUUGAAAAGUCAUCGACACGAGCGCUCACUCAUCUGCUAUAAUGUCCCACAGUAAACAAGGCCAUGGAGGAGUGAAUCAGCUUGGUGGAGUAUUUGUCAACGGCCGUCCACUUCCCGAACAAGUACGUACAAGGAUUGUAGAGCUAGCCCAGAGUGGAGUUCGUCCAUGUGAUAUUUCCCGCCAAUUACGGGUUUCCCAUGGCUGCGUUAGCAAGAUACUUUGCCGUUUUUACGAGACCGGUUCAAUUAAACCCGGGGUGAUUGGAGGGAGCAAGCCAAAAGUAGCUACUCCAGGAGUUGUAACAAAGAUAGCGGAGUACAAAAUGUCAAACCCAACRAUGUUUGCCUGGGAGAUCAGGGACAGGCUACUGAGUGAAAAUGUCUGCACGAGUGAUAAUGUUCCCAGCGUUAGCUCCAUCAAUAGAAUUGUGCGAAAUCGCAUAAAUAACACAGAUAAGAACAACAACGGCAAACCAAAUCCCAACGACAAUCCRCAGCUUGAAAUGAACCCCAAAACCGARCGUGAUUUCCAAGGCAUGAACAUCCCAAGAUCAUCGUACUCGAUAAGUGGACUUCUAGGCAUUCCUUUACAAGCAGGCCAACUCACUUCCCCUAGCAAACGCAAACAUUCCGUUGAAAGUAAUGAAAGUACAGGAAGCCAUUCUGAUGAUGAAGGACAUGAUCCGAAUUCUCCCCACAUGAGGGCCAAACUUAGUCGACGCCAACGAACCACCUUCACAGAUGACCAAAUUGACAAGUUAGAAAGAGUGUUUGAGAAGACCCAUUACCCAGACGUGUUCACCAGAGAAGAUUUAGCUCAACAAGUGAAUCUUUCYGAGGCAAGAAUUCAGGUUUGGUAUUCCAAUCGGCGUGCAAAGUGGAGAAAAGAGAAAGGCGUGAUUGACGGCAGUCCUGCUGCAUCACCAUCCAAUCAAACUAUGCCUACAUCUUACUUAACGGUACCUAAUGGCUACCAGCAAACUGUUAUCAGUCCAGGAACACAUUCACAGCUGACACCUGUGGAAGCAGAUCAUACGCAGGUUCAUUAUCCACCAAGCCAAGAGAAUAUUCUUGUUAAAAAGGAGCUAACAGAGUUGAAGCCUGUGUCAGACAACCUUGGAUCUCUUCAUGGGGUCUCUACUAUUCAAGUAGGGCAAGGACAAGUCCCUCACCAAUAUGAAGUCAUCAAAUCAAUGGCCCCACCCAUGUCAUGUCCAAGCCCCACCUAUAUAGCUGUCCCAGCCACAACGUCAUCCAUGCAUGGCAGUCAGAUAUAUACUCAAUAUAAUGGACAGAACUAUGGAACAUACACUACCAAUACAAGUGGUCAAACCACAAUGCAAGGCAAUCCAGCAUCUACUCAAGCACUAUCGCCACCUGCAGCCAACACAGCACCAGGGUAUGUCCUCCCUCCAGUCAGUACCCUAACAAAAGGUCAUGUGUUUGAACAACAAGGACAGUACCAGACUGCUCAGUAUGCACAGAUUCCACCAGGGGCUUACCCAGCUGACCAGUGGAUACAGGCAUAUCCAGGRCAAGGAUUCAUAGGACGACCUACAGUAUUUGCUGUUCCAGCACAAUGGGCUGCKCCACCACCUCCAAGAGUUGAAAACUCCAAACUGGCAUCAUCAGCCUGAUUCAUUUCCAUACAACAUCAUUGUGUAUAAUGGUACAAUAAACCUGCAUUCGUAAGAUAUCAUAUCCACUGGGAGUAUAUAAUUAGAUCACAAUAAAUUGCACACGUGUACCGCAGCUAGUCAAUACAUGCAUUAACACUUUGGCAUAUUKCAUAUGCUCAAGAGUAUUAAGCACAAUAAUUUAAUGAGCUACAGCUCACUGCACAAUCAAUUUGCAAUAUAUAUUAAAACAUUUUAGAAUUUUCAAUGAGAGCAAUGUGAGUUAAUUAAGUUCAAGUUUUUUGAGAUUUAAAAUCAAUCUAGUGUGAAUUAGUUUUUUUCCAAGGAACACUUCAGAAAAGAUGGAAAUGAAGUUCUUAAAUGUUUUAGAAAGAUGUUCUGAUAGAUAUGUCUGAAUAUUUCUACAAGGCUCAUAUUUUUCUCAAUAUUUUUGUCUUUUUUCUAUGCCUAAAAGUAAUUAUUUUUGUGGAAAAUGGACUUUUUAUAGAAUUAUAUUAUAAGGCAUACCAAUCUGCCAUAAUUAGAAAAUAAUGCAAAGUACUGAAUCAAUCUGCCAKGUAAAUGCUGUAUAUAUUGAUAUUUUUUUAACUUUGAGUGUGUAAGCCUGCAGAAGGAAAGGUACCUUCUAAACUGCAAAGUGAUUUUCUUUGACCAAUAUGCAAAGACCACAGAAAUUUGUAAGAUUCAAAGUCAAACAAACUAGAGUGCACCCAUUCCAUCCAUAAAAUCGUUUCCCAAUACAAGGUAAAUCAGUACAAACCCUGUURCCUUCUAUUUUUAUAUGCAAUAUGAAAGUGUCUCAUGGAUAUAAUACAUUCAUUAUUUCAUGUUCUUUGGCAAAUCUUUCACUGUCAAGUAAAAAUAAUCUUUUAACUCUGUUUACUGGGGCAGGACUUUAAGUUUCGGAAACUUUUUACCCCACUGCUUUCCGGGUCCAAUUGUAUUUAGUAAGUACAUUUGAGCUUCUGCAAUCUUACACACCCCAGUAAGUAGGCCUACAAUAUUUCACAUCUUGAUAAAGCAUUUCUUUAUGUAGCAUCCAAUAGAGGGUAAGGCAAUUUGAUGUUUGAUGCGGGAUACUCGACUCUUAUAGUGUGCACCUAGAUAUUUUUAAUGUUGCUAGACAAAAUAUUUUUGGGAAAUUUAAUAACUCCUUUUGAUGGGGGUAGGGGUGGGAGAGUAUGGUAACCACUUUAAAUGUCAAAUAGCCCUCCCUAAUGAAAUGCAUUACAUACAUGCGUAUAUACAUACAUAAUAAGGCUUCAUUAAUCGAUGUACACACACGCAACGUUUGAAAAUGAAGUGUACAAUUACUAGUUUUUGGAUACACUAUCAAAAGAAUCAACUUUAUUCACAAGCUAGUAUUGUUAAAGGCUUCCAAACCACUACUUAAAGCACGUUUUUAUUCGAGACUCGUCCAUAUUAAUUGAUCGUUUUCAACCAUGCAUUCCCAUGAGAUUCAAAAGAUAAAAGACCCGGCGGCCAUGUUAGAGGAAUGAACAAUAGAUACUAAUGAGAAAUCCUUGGCUGAAAUUUCUCCAAGAUGGCCGCUGUGACGCAUAGUGAAAAUGAAGAAUAACUGAUUAUUAGUGUAUUGGACGGUUAAGAAUAAAAAUGCGUCGUYGCCGGGGCAAUGGAUGGGUAGUGAACAAUGUUUUCAAUAUUCUUGCUAAUCCAACCAAUGGWAAAGAUGAUAUCUAAGGACAAGUUCACUCUCGUACAUUCAAGUUACACCGGGACAAAAUUACGAAKAUGAGUUCGCACUUGACGCAAUCAUAAGCGAAAAAAUACCAACAAAAACGUCUUAUUUACUAAGGCACUGUCUCUGUUCUUUUCUUUGUGCUCUUGCGUGGACUUCGUUCUCGUCUACUUUGGUUGAAAACGGCAAAAACGCCACGAAAACAUAUCACCGCGGACGAUGCUUGUGGCAUAUAUAUUAAUUUGACCUCUCCCUUGCUUGUGCUCCCGUCAAAGUGUGAACCAAGCUUUCCUCAUCCUGCGUUGCAAGAUGAGAGAACAGUCUGCUCGCCGGUCAGCCUUCACUUAUUAUUGAUACUUUACUGUUUCUAAUAACCAACAUUAUUAUAUGAUAAGCAACAUUAUUUAAAAGCUGUAUGUAUAUUUACUAAUGGCACAUUCACUAAACUUGCAUGUAGAGUAUUUUUGUAUGACAUUUUUGUAACAAAUACAACMAACAUACUAAAUUUUUA